GUCCCUCGAUCCCCCGCCCGCAUAGUCUACACAGCGUGUAACUGUCUACUUAAUCUGCAGGGUAUUCCGAAUCUAAUCACGAAAUGUGUUUAAAAUAUUCUUCAACAUAUAGGUUAUCUUAUAAAAUUAAGAUGAGAUGUUUUUCAGAUAUAGUUGUUAUGCUUAUUUUAUUUUCAUUUACCCAGGUCGUUCUGUCACAAUAUGAGAAAUAUAGUUUCACAAGCUUUCCAAGGCACGAGCUCAUGCCUCUUGAUACAGCUUAUAAAUACGCUCUGGACCUGUACAACAGAGAAAAAUGGCAAGAAAGUGUGGACUUCUUGGAAGUAAGUCUGAGAUUGUAUCGAUUCUUCAAAGACAGCGAAGCUUUCUGCAAUUUGAACUGCAGCUCCGCCCGGCUUCACAACGGAGAGAAGUUUCCAGAGUUCCCGGAGUUGCAUGCAUUCGGCAACAUCAUGAGAAGAGCCCAGUGUUUGAAGAGGUGCAAACAAGGUUUGCCGGCUUUCAGAGAGACUAUGCCCAGUCGAGAGACCAUGGAAGACUUUGAAAACCGUGAGCCAUACAAAUAUCUACAAUUUUCAUAUUUUGAAUCCAAUGACAUGGCGAAGGCUAUAGCAGCUACUCAGACCUUUAUGCUGAAGCAGCCUGAAGAUAAGAUGAUGAAGAGGAACAUGGACUACUACAGGAGCCUGCCAGGAUCCCAGGAGCACCUGCGCAACCUGGAAACAAGGUCCUAUGAGGCACCGUUCCUCAGGGCCGUACGAGCCCACAAUGCGGAGAACUACAGGCGCGUCGUGUCGGACAUGGAGCUGGCCCUCAGCGACUUUCUCAAGGCCUAUGACAGCUGCCUGGCUGCCUCUGAGGGCUCCAGAGAAAUCCUUGACUUCAAAGACUUUUAUGCCUCCAUAGCCGACCAUUACACAGAAACAUUGAAGCGGAAAGUCAAGUGCGAAAGUGAACUCACUCCAGUUGUGGGUGGAUUUGUCAUCGAGAAGUUUGUGGCAACAAUGUAUCACUACUUACAGUUUGCAUAUUAUAAGUUGAAUGACAUGAAGAAGGCAGUGCCAUGUGUGGCCAGCUACAUGUUGUUUGACCCCAGUGAUAAGGUCAUGAAAAGCAACCUGGCUUACUACCAGCUUCACAAAGACAAAUGGGGUCUCACCGAGGAAGACUUCAGACCCAGGGCUGAAGCGGUGCGAUACUUUAAUCAGACCACGAUGCAGCUGGAGAUGUUGCAGUUUUCACAGCAGCACCUGCAGGAUGAUGAUGAGAUGGAAAUUAAAGGAUACUGGUCUCACGGCCUUGAAACAGAGCAGGACUGGUCUGAUGCACAGUUUGCAGGGGAGGGCAACUAUGAAGAGGGAAUCUACGCCUCGCAUUACUACAAGCAGCAGCCCAAACAGAAAGGAGAUCUGGGAGAGUGACCUUUGACCUUUGCACCCAGUACAAAUGAGAGUCCAAAAGUGGUUGUAGGGCGGCCGGUAGUGAGCUGUUACAUAAACAAAGUGUUUAAUCACUUCAAGGAAAGACAUGGUAUACAUUUCAUAUAGUCCCGUCAAGUGUGUUGGUCAUCAUGUAUGGUAAAGACCAAAAACACAGGCCUGAAAUAUUGAGUGUACUGAGUCAUCUUUAAAGGUUCACUGUUAAACUCAGGACUACAUUUACAAGUGUGUUAGGUCAUCAUACUUCUAAACACAGGCCUACACAGAUGUAGGGCAGCAUGUACAGUAUGUAGUAUUUCAUGUACGAAGGGCAGUUAAAUAAAUGCUUUAUCUUUCUCAAGGUAUGCUGGCAUUCCUAGGGGCAGAUUUGAGGCCAACAGUUUUUGUGUUUGUCUGUGUCCCCAUGGAAGUAGUCAUGCUUAUUAAGCGCAUAUGCUAUUUAAAUUCUUAUUCUUGUGGGGUCAUAAGAUAAGCCAUCCAAAGCAUUAUAAUAAAGAA